UCAUGAUUAUGAUUUUUCAAACAUAGCCGCAAGUGUGUGUGUAUUUUGUGUGAAAAAUUACGAAUUAAAUCCGCUUCAGAGCGACCAUCGAAAGCAAUGAAAGAAAAAUAUCCUUGCCCAAAGCAGGAUAGCAGUACAAAGCAAAGGCGAGAAUAGGCAGCAGAAGAAGAAGCAGCAACAAAAGCUAAAAAAAAUUGCAAUUAACCAAAAAAAAACAACUGUUUGUUAUUGAAUUAUGUGUUUUAGAAGUGAAUUGUUGUUUGGCUAUGAAAAUGCUGCUGCCGCGACGCUUCUAGUGCAAGAAAGCAGCAGCAGCGUAAAGUAAAAGCAAAGCCAAAGGCAAAGCAGAACAAACAAACCACAGCGAGCGUAAGCAUCGCAGCCCAUGCGCUAGAGUGAGUCAGCAAACACAUAAAACUCCAAGCCGCGGCGGCGGUUGCUGCUGCAUUCGUGUUUGUGUGUGUGUGCGACGGCGGCAACAACAAAUUAUCAAUUAAUUUCUUUCUGUUUUGCACAAAAGAGAGCGCGCGGGUGACUACUUUCUAGUUGAAUUGCAUCCCCCUCUGACCCUAAGAGAAGCUACAGCAGGGGGCGACGCACUUUUGCAGCAACCACCACACACAGGCAUACACACACGCACAUUACAAGCGUCUUAUCAUUGUUGAUAAAGCGCUGCCUAAGGGCACAAAGCACAGCGCUUAACACUCUGGACAUGUUAAGUGCUAUUUUCGUUGUUGUUGCUGUUGUUCUUAUUGCCUAAAGAGAUAUUUUUUGGAAAUCGAAACAUUUUCACCAAAUACAUACAAGUACGUGCAUGUGGAGCUCCAAAAUGAAAUUGUAACACAAUGCUUGAAUUGCUUUCUCAGCGAAACAUUCGAAAUUGAAUUGAAACAGUCCUGUUAAUUAACACAAUAGCUAAACCGUAAGGCAGACAAACAGUCAAUUGAGUAGGAGAUAUCGUGGUACUUAAGAAAUUAACAAUCGAAUUCCACAACAAUGUCUAAGCACGCCAAUAACGAUAAUAUACGCAACGACAUCUACGAGAAUCUGCCCUGUCAGGCCAUGUACAAUGAUUCAGUGCGCAAAAUGCAGCAGCAGAAAUCCGUACAGGCGGCAACAGCUGCGGGGUCGGGGAUAACAGGCGCAACGGGCGGAGCACUGUCGCAGCAACUGCUGCUGAACAACAUCAGCAAUCAGAAUGCCAACUCCAUAGGCAAUGCAACAACCACGUCGUUGACAACCAACAACUGCAACUCGACGGACAACAAGAAACAUCCUCAGGGAGCUAUUGGCAAUAUGCCCAAGGAGAUGCUGUAUGCUACCCCACUGCGUAAAUCGGACCGAUAUAAGAGUGGCGAGCGUAGUCGCUACACUGCGGGAGGUGGCGGCUUGACUAACACUGUGCCUGCCCACGAUGCCAAGUUGUCCAAUUUGCGCGACUCGAAUCGCAUGGCGUGUGCCCGCAACGGCAAUGCCGUUCAAAUCACGGAUCUCGACGAUGAUGACGAUGUGGAUGGUGCCGCGAUAGGCGAAGGCUGUGCCUCGACUAGCGCACUGGUCGGCGGAUCUAUGUAUACCAACCAGCCGACAUCGUUGCCUCCGCUGCCAUCCAGCGGUACGCCCAAUCAGCAGUUAGAGGAUCGAAGAAUACUGAACUUUCUCAAGGAUACAUCACAGCUGCACAAAAAGCUGGAAGUAAGUGGCGGACGCGAUUGCCCCAAUGCCAGCUUUUCGAAUCUGGCGCGUGAAGAACACUUUGCGAAUCUGGUGCAGCAAAACUUUCCUCUAGAGCUGGCCCAAGCAAAUGGAGGGGACAAUGGCUUAAUUAUUGCCAAUAGCUCAGCCCCCGAGGAGGAUGGUAUAGAAUGCUUGGGUGCCGUUGGUAAAUCCCAGCCAGCUGCAGCAGAUACCGAUGAAAAUUUGGAGGCUAUGAUGCAGCGAAAGUUGUCGCCAGACAAGGAGGUAAAUGGUCUUGUGGUACCUUUGGAGCAACCUUUGCAGGCAAGCAAUCGGAUUGUAAGUCCGGUUUACAUUCAUCGCGAGUGGGUGCUAAAAAAAAUUGCGCUCUGCCUGGAGCAACGCACAGCUGGAAAAAAGGCAAUGCCGGGACUCCUAGGAGCUGCUAAAGGUGAGGCGCUGGGCGCCAGUGGUAGCAGCUAUGUCUCGGCACGUGCUAAAGCCGCCGCCAUUUCGACGUCCAGCUACAAUGGUUGCUUGGUAUUGGGAUCAAACGGCUCCGGCAAGACCUCUAUAUGUCAGGCUAUUAUGAAAGGAAAUUCCGGCACAAAAGGCAUACUGAAUCGAAAACUGCUGGCGUGCUAUCUUAUAGAAUCCCAGAAUCCCGAAUGUCACAGCCUAUCGCUCUUCAUACGCAAGGUUGUUCUGCAGUUGCUAAGCCAUGCGUCGCUGAUUAACAAGGAUGAGAGCCAGAAAAUCAUCGAUGAGGGCUUCUCAUUUUUGCAGGAAGAGGUGCAGCAACAGGAGUCUAAGCUGGACGAGGCCAUGCACAAUAUAACGCUGGCCGAGAAUGCAGAGGAUCUGCUAAUCGAAGAGCUAAAGCGGGGUGCCAGCGAAUUGGAUACGAAAGAGCUCGAUAAUUUUCAAACUAGACGCACAUCGACAUCCAACAAGCAAAAGUCUAGUCUAACACGACAGCAAUCAGAGCCGGCACCAGCAGCAACCGUAGAGGAGUCGGUAGAGAAUGUGGAUAAGGCUAACAACUAUGGAACGCAUCCACCCAAGCGCGGGCAUAAGGAGCGUGAAGAGCAGGACAAGGAUAAGGGUAGUGAGAAGGAGCAGAAACAGGCUCUGGAAAAAGAAACACCCUCACAAUCGGCUAAGAGUAGUCCAAGUGGCAAAUCCAAAUCCAAAAUUCCUGUCAAAAGAGGACGCAGCAGCGGUCUAUCUUCACCGGCCAAGGUGAUCACUGCGACCGCAAUUACUUCCAAUGGUCAAGCUAUACAGCAGGGCGGCGGCGAGGAUAUUGCCGAAAUGGUUAGUGAACAGCUUAAAAGCGAAAUAGAAGCGGCGAUCAAUGAAGAUGAAGACAAAGAAGCGUGCGAAGAAAAGCACAAGACGGACGAGGCUACAAGCGAAAUGGCAACGAAAGACAAUGAAGAUCAACCCGAGGCUGAUAAAGAUUUUGCCGAGAAACAAACAUCGAAUGAAGAGGAAGCAAAGAAGGAGGCUAUAGGUAACAACGAAUCACAGGAGGAUACCGAACCAAGUUUGGAAAAACCAAUUCCUCGGGAGGCACAGGCCCUUAGCUCACCCAAGCACGAUGCCUUACCGCCAACGCCUGGCCAGAAACCACGCAUCCAUACCAAUACCCUUCCCCCGCCUUUGCCGAAGACAAAAAGUUGUCGCACUGUCAUCGCCGAUGGCUAUUAUGAGCUAUUGCUUUCGAACCCUGAGAUACUAGAAUGCUUAAGUGUUGAUAACAUUGAGAAAAAUCCAGACGAGUGCUUCAAGAAGGCUCUCCUAUUUCCAUUGCUGGAGCUAACACCACCAAAGACAGCCCUUCUCCUACUGAUCGAUUCCAUAGACGAAAACUACAUAAACGAGGGAAACUUAAUAACGACAUUAAAGGGUGGACGUGGUACAGCCACCAACCACAAGAGUCGCAACGUUGCCGAACUACUCUCCAAUCACAUUCACCUCUUUCCCAAGUGGCUUUUCCUGGUCUGCACCACCAAGAAGCAAACCAAACAGAUUACCAAAAUGUUUACUGGCUUUAAAAAGAUCACGCUGGAUGAUCUGCGUAAGUCUCAUGUGGUUAAGGAUGUGCAGGAGUACAUUAUAAAUCGACUAAACUCAGACUUUAAGGACAGCAUCAUGCUGACCAAGGAGAUCAUUGAGUCAUUGCAUCAACUCUACAUUAAAUCCAACGGUUGUAUUCUUUAUUUGGAGAAGGUGCUGAAUGGCAUCAAAGAGAACUUCUUUAGCUUCCGCGAAAUUAAACUAAUUCCAUGCACCCUUAAUGGACUGUACCUUUACAUUUGUCAGAAGUCCUUUAACAAGAAGCAGUACAUGAAAAUACGACCUGUGCUCAAUAUCCUUCUUGCCUCCUCUGGUUACGUAGACAAGCUGUUCCUCUUCAACUGCUUACGCACCCAUAACUACACCAUUGACUGUGCAGAGUUCGAAAAACGACUCCAGUUAAUGCGCAACAUCCUUGCAUAUGACUCUAACGCUCAGCGUUUGAAGAUCUUUCACAAUUCCUUCUCCGACUGGCUGGUGGAUGUAAAAUUUGCCACAAAGAAGUUCAUUUGUGAUGUCAAUGAGGGGCAUGUUAUGAUCUCUAUGUACUAUUUGCUUGUGGCAGAUACACUCUGCGCCAACAGCGUACGGCGUUUUGCCUACCAUCUCAUAAAAUCGGGCGAGUUUUUGAACAGUCGCAAUGUGGACCUGGACUUGAUACUUAUUCUGCUUGAAUCGCGCGUUAAUCUCAGCGACUGUUUCUACACAAAUCACUUGAAUUGUUGUGCUUCAUGUGAGCACGAUUUUAAGUAUGACCCCAACUUUCUGGCAAAGACCCGAUCGAUGGUUGAAAAGUUUUUAACCAAUGACUUGAGCGAUGAGUUUUCGCAGUUCUUGUACGACUUUUUCAAACCUAGCUUACCUACUGACGCGAAGACACUGAAGCUGCUUAUUGAGACGGGCAUCAACAAUGCUGAGACCCAAAAUUCGUGCGAAUCGUCACUUAUGUCACCGGAACUAUCGGACAAGUCGCAGAACAUUGAUUUUGAACUUGCUGACUUGCUGCUCUCCAGUGAGAAAUCGUGCAUUCUGGAAACUCAACGCGCCACUAGUCCCUCGGAGAAGAGUGAGCCACAUCACGAAAGUCAAGAUGAAAAUGCUUCGAGUACACUUCAUCAGCUCUCCGACUCCAAUCAUAUUGAACUUCACAAGGGCAAGGCACUCAUCCACAUCCUGGCCAACGAUGGCAAUCAUCAGCUGCUAGAGCGUGCGCUGAACGCCUGCAAGAGUCCCAUCGAUUUAGAGAUCGAGGAUUAUAAUGGACAGACAGCACUUAACAUAGCCGCUCGCAAUGGUCAUUUGGAGAUUGUUAAGCUUUUGCUAAGCUUUGCGCAACCCUGUAACGAUGGCACGGGACGCAUGAAACGUGUCGAUGUUAAUCAUGCCGAUAGGGAUGGAUGGACUCCUUUACGCUCGGCUUCCUGGGGUGGUCAUACGGAGGUAGUUAAGUUGCUUAUCGCGCAACCCGCGUGCAAGAUAGAUCUUGCCGACAAGGAAGGACGCACAGCGUUACGAGCAGCUGCGUGGAGUGGCCACGAAGAUAUACUUAAAAUACUUAUCGAGUCGGGCGCCGAUGUAAAUUCGGUAGACCGACAAGGUCGCACCUCGCUCAUUGCUGCUUCCUACAUGGGACAUUACGAUAUUGUUGAGAUUCUGCUUGAUAAUGGCGCAAAUGUGAAUCACUUGGACUUGGACGGUCGCAGUGCACUGUGCGUUGCCGCACUUUGUGGUUCUUCUGGCUACAGCAAAGUCAUUUCUACACUAUUAGAUCAUGGAGCAAACACGGAUCAGUUGGACAACGAUGGAAUGUCGCCGCUACUGGUCAGCUCCUUUGAGGGCAAUGCGGAGGUGUGCGAAUUGUUGCUCGAGAACGGUGCAGACCCCGAUCUGGCCGAUUUCAUGGGUCGUACGCCACUCUGGGCUGCGUGUACGGCUGGCCAUGCCAACGUUGUGAAGCUACUGUUGUUCUGGGGCUGCGGCAUCGACUGCAUGGACUCCGAGGGGCGCACAGUACUGAGCAUUGCCGCCGCGCAGGGCAAUGUAGAGACAGUUCGUCAAUUGCUGGAUCGCGGCCUCGAUGAGACCCAUCGAGACAAUGCAGGCUGGACGCCACUGCACUAUGCUGCUUUCGAAGGUUUCCAUGAGGUGUGCGUGCAGUUGCUGGAGUCAGGGGCCAAGAUAGACGAGUGCGACAACGAGGGCAAGACGGCUCUACAUCUAGCUGCCCAAGAGGGUCGACUGCGUUGUGUGCAGGUGCUGCUCGACAUACACUCGACAUUUGUGGAUCAAAAGGCGCACGAUGGUAAGACAGCCUUCCGAUUGGCCUGUCUCGAAGGUCAUCUGGAGACAGUAGAGUUUCUGCUCAAGUUUUGUUGCGAUGUGAACUCGAAAGAUGCGGACUCGCGCACUACCCUCUACAUAUUAGCUCUAGAGAACAAGCUGGAUAUUGUAAAGUACCUGCUGGACAUGACUAAUGUGGAUGUUAAUAUACCGGACAGCGAGGGACGCACGGCUUUGCAUGUGGCUGCCUGGCAAGGACAUGUCGACAUGGUCAAGUUGCUCAUCACUCUGGGCAAUGCAGACGUCAAUUCCAUGGAUCUGGAGGCACGUACGCCUUUGCACUCAUGCGCCUGGCAGGGCAACCAUGAUGUCAUGAAUAUUCUACUCUACUUUGGUGCGGUUGCCGAUCAUGCCUGCAAGCAAGGUGCUACUGCGCUCGGCAUUUCCGCACAAGAGGGUCACGAGAAGUGUGUUAUCGCGCUGCUUCAGUAUGGAGCCAAUCCCUACAAGUCCGACCAUUGCGGUCGUACGCCCAUCAAGCUGGCCGCUAAGUCGAGUCGCACCAGCAUCCUUAAGAUCUUCGAAAACUAUACCAAAAAUGAAGCUAAUAAUCCCAUCGAAUCGAAAUUCCAUCCCAGCAUGUUGCGCUCACCUGACCAGCCACCCGCUUUACCCUUACACCAAAACCUCGCACUGCAACCCGUGCCGUAUCCGGCUCAUGCCUCUGCCUCAUCCGUUUGCUCGGCGGCCACCACAGCCACCGUACACAACGGCAACAAUCUGCAGGCUCUCAACGCGUCCACCUCGACGCACAGCUCCAACAACUUCUACCAAAACACCAUGCAAUCGGAUGCGAGCAGCUUGCAUAAACGCAAGAGCGUCAUUUCUAGUCAAUCGACGGGCAGCAGCAACGAUCAAGCGCCCCUCACCUUCACACAGCAAUUGCAGCGUCAAAGCAAACUCAGCUCACGCAAUAAUCCCUUCGUGCAGAACGCACCGAUGGUCAGCUCGAAGCAUGGAGGCGCUGCAGCCUCAACGUCGGCAGCAUCAACAUCGGGCCACAAGUCAGGAGGAGUCUCACAUCAGCGUCACUCCCAAGUAUUGCCCGAUCUCAGCGAACAUCAGUUGGCGAGCAACAUGACGAACGAUGCGGAUUUGUAUGACAUGGAGUGCAUGUCGCCGCUAUAUGCUACGCCCCCGCACUCGCCUAGCAGCGAGUUGAGCUCGCCAGGUCAGCUGCCGGCACUGAAUGCCUUUGUGGAUGAUGAGAGGGCGGGUGCAAGUGGCGGCAAGCCUGCCUUGCCCGAUAAUCAUUUUGCACGCGACACUCACAUGCGCAUUAUCCUGGGAAACUUGAAGGAGAACCAGCCCAGUUCAUCCAGCAGCAAGAGCAAACGCAGCGGUGGGUCCACCAAUCCGGCAAUGCGGCUCAUUCGCAGCCGUUUCGAUUCGGCCGCCCAGCUGAUCCGACGUACCAACAACAUACUUUCCUCCAGCAGCAAUCAGGGGUCGUCGAGCAUUGGCGUCAAGUCGGGAACGUUCCAGUGGCGCAAGGAGAGUCAAAUGUAAAAGUCUCCACAAACACACACACGGACUCAGACACACAACCACACUUACAUAUACUCAAUUGUGUACUUGUAUUUUAUUGAGUUAUUUAUUAAUUUCUACUUUUGAAAAAGUAUUUGAUUUUGUGAUAGUUUCAAUUAUUUGUGCUCUUUUGUUGUAUGUUUAUUUAACUUGUAUUAACUUAUGUAUACUAUGAUUUACAUACAUAUUUAAGCACAUUUAUGUGUAGCGCAGUCGUAAAUUUAGGCAGAAAGUCAGCAAAUCUGGCAAAAUAAAUGCUUUUUUUGACUCUGCAGCUCACUUCUUAUUUUCUUUAGAGUGAAAGUAACGUUACAUCAAUUAAAAUAUAAACAAAUUUAAAUACGAUUUAUCUAUAACAUGAAACAUUUUGGAAAUAACAUAAAUUUUCACCGUAUACUCUAGUGUUUGAUUGCUCUAAACUAACUUCGGCUGGUCGAAGUUUUCAAAACUUUUGGCAAUUGAAUUUAGUUUUUAGUUAGACGCCAUGUAUGUACUACUUACACAUAUUUCGAUUACCAAUGGCUAAAAAAUAUGACCCUUAAUUUAGUUUUAAUUAUUUUAAUUUGUAGUGCAUAUAUAGUUAAAUAACAUACGUACUGACAUUAUUGCUAAUUACAAAAGUUUAAAUAAGUUGCAUGAGUAGCACGAUCUUGAAACCCUUAAGUAGACCGUAAAUACCUACCUUUUUAAUUAACUAAGAACAAUAUUUAAUAUGAAUAAACCACUUAAAACACACACAAGAACAAGCAAUGAAAAUCCUUUUUACAUUUCCUCUCGAAUAUCGGAUUGGACUCAUUUGUUAUCAUCGAAAAUUUUACAUAUACAUACAUAUGUAACACACUCUAUAAUUUCCUGUCAACCCCCAACGACUAUUUGCAUAUGCAAAGGUCAACACAGCCUAUGCCACACAACAACUACCUGUAGAGAUAAAAAAAAAACUACAUACAGAAACUCUCAUACACACAUAAAUACAGUUUAAUAACUAUUUUCUGAACUUCUACUCUCACUGCAAGGCAGCAACAAAGAAACAAACAUAAAAACACACACGGAUACAACGUACUUGGCUAAGAAAUUAAGCAGAGUUUAACAGCGAAAUGUUGAUUUAAAACACACAAACCCAUAACGUAAUUAAUUGUUAACAACAAAUAUGAUAUUGAGCAGAAUACUGAAUUGUUUAAACAUACAUAUGAAGAUAUAUAUAUUCUAUAUUUAAAAACAAAACGCAUAUUUACAGUUAAAUUAAAAGGUAAAAAUAUACACG